AUGACAAUGGAUUGCCAUUUGAAUGGAAUGACUGUGGACAAGACCAAGUACGAGGAGGAGAAAGAGAGUUUGAUAGCUCAACUGAAGUUGCAAGAGGAGACGUCCACUGAAGGCUCACCCGUGAUAACCAGUCCUGUAAAGACAGAGUCAAGUGCUUUGAGAGAAAAAAGUCCCGACGACGCAUACACCUACCCAACUGCAGCAUUUGCCUCCAACAGACCUCCACCCAACAGUUCGCCCAUUUACUCCUCCCCGGCCAAGGAUUCUCCUGUGCAUUUCAUUGGUGCAUCGAUGGAUCCAAUGACUGUAAGUAUCCUCUAA